GCCGCGCCGGAGCCGAAGACCGGCGUGCAGAGCGCCGGGGAGCCGGGAGCCGAGCCCGAGCGCCGCGAUGCCGAUCACCUCCCGCCGGAGCUCGGGGGCCUGGGACAUGCCGGCCGAGGUGUGAUCGGACCCCAGGCUGGCCACAAAGGGCACAGCGGCUUGGCCCGGGGGCGAGGAGAGCGAGGGGAGAGCGCGGCCACCCGCUUCGGCGGCCCGAGACUCGGCUCGACUCGCUGGAGAAUGAGCCCGAGGACGCCGGAGCGCCGGAGCCGCGGUGGUUUCAACUGGCUAGCGCUAAUGGGGGUGCGCUGGAGGAAGGCAGAGUGAUGCGGGGGGGCAACUCGCCCGGCACCGAGAUCGCCGCUGCGCCCUUCCCCGGACCCGGCGUCUCCCAGGAUGUCUGGCCCGAGCCAUGGGCCCCGGCGGAGCUAGCGCGGAGCGCCCGACCCCCGCCCCCAGAGUCCCGGAGCCAGCCCCCCGCGGGGCCACGCGUCCCGCGGGCUCUGGUUCCUAAGGACGACGACAGCACCAGCUUUUACUUUCUCCCUUCCCUUCCCUGCUCCGCACUCCUCCCCCUGCUCGCUGUUGUUGUGUGUCAGCACUUGGCUGGAGACUUCUUGAACUUGCAGGGAGAGUAACUUGCGCUCCCCAUUUCGCGCCGGUGCCUCUGCCCCAGCGGACCCAGCCUCGCCGCCUGCGAACCCCGCCGUCCCUCCACUCCACCGCUGGGCCCGACCCGAGACGCUGUUCCCUGCGUUCGGAGAGAGACUGCCCGGCCGGCACCCGGGAGGAGAAGGAGGAGGCGAAGGAAGGGAACCCGGUCCCUGCGCCAGGUCCUUCAGCCAGAGCUUUUUCCAUGUGGAGGCUCUUUCAAUGGACGUGUCCCCGCGUGCUUCUUAGACGGUCUGCGGUCUCCUAAAGGUCGACCAUGGUGGCCGGGACCCGCUGUCUUCUAGCGUUGCUGCUUCCCCAGGUCCUCCUGGGCGUUGCGGCCGGCCUCAUUCCCGAGCUGGGCCGGAGGAAGUUCGCGGUGUCUGCUGGCCGGUCUUCGUCCCAGCCCUCGGACGACGUCCUGAGUGAGUUCGAGUUGCGGCUGCUUAGCAUGUUCGGCCUGAAGCAGAGACCCACCCCCAGCAGGGGUGCCGUGGUGCCCCCCUACAUGCUGGACCUGUACCGCCGGCACUCGGGCCAGCCUGGCGCGCCCGCCCCGGACCACCGGCUGGAGAGGGCAGCCAGCCUCGCCAACACCGUGCGCAGCUUCCACCACGAAGAAUCUUUGGAAGAAUUGCCAGAAAUGAGUGGAAAAACAACCCGUAGAUUCUUCUUUAAUUUAACUUCUAUCCCCACUGAGGAGUUUAUCACCUCAGCAGAACUUCAGGUCUUUCGGGAACAGAUGCAGGAAACUUUGGAAAACAAUAGCAGUUUCCAUCACCGAAUUAAUAUUUAUGAAAUUAUAAAACCUGCCACAGCCAACUCCGAGUUCCCCGUGACCAGACUUCUGGACACCAGGUUGGUGACUCAGAAUGCCAGCAGGUGGGAGAGCUUUGAUGUCACCCCUGCCGUGAUGAGGUGGACAGCGCAGGGGCUCGCCAACCACGGGUUUGUGGUGGAGGUGGCCCACCCAGAGGACAGCCACGGGGUCUCCAAGAGGCACGUGCGGAUUAGCAGGUCUUUGCACCAAGACGAGCACAGCUGGUCACAGAGAAGGCCCUUGCUGGUAACUUUUGGCCACGAUGGGAAAGGACACCCUCUCCACAAAAGAGAAAAGCGUCAGGCAAAACACAAACAGCGGAAACGCCUCAAGUCCAGUUGUAAGAGACACCCUUUGUACGUGGACUUCAGUGACGUGGGGUGGAAUGACUGGAUCGUCGCCCCCCCGGGGUAUCAUGCCUUUUACUGCCACGGGGAGUGCCCUUUCCCCCUGGCCGAUCACCUGAACUCCACGAACCACGCCAUCGUCCAGACGCUGGUCAACUCAGUUAACUCUAAGAUUCCCAAGGCGUGCUGUGUCCCAACGGAACUCAGUGCCAUCUCCAUGUUGUACCUUGACGAGAAUGAAAAGGUGGUAUUAAAGAACUAUCAGGACAUGGUUGUCGAGGGUUGUGGGUGUCGUUAGCACAGCAAAAUAAAAUAAAAUAAAUAUAUAUAUAUAUAUUUUAGAAAAAAGCAAAAAAAAAAAAAAAAUCAAGUUGACACUUUAAUAUUUCCCAAUGAAGACUUUAUUUAUGGAAUGGAAUGGAGAAAAA